UUUAAAUUGGCUGAGGCUACUGUCUGUUCCUUCGGAGCGUGUUUAGCUAAUUUUAUUAGUGGAAUCGGAUUUAUCCUAGAGUCAAACUGUUCAUGGUUCGUUGUUUGGGCCUAUUGGAUCCGCUAUUCCAGGACAAGAUUUAAUUAGCAAGACUAAAGUUGACCGCAGUUUAGUUAUUUAGAAAAUUCUGGAGAAUCCCUGAGGGUGAGAGAGACGGCUCUCGAAAUGUCUUCGGACGAAGACAGGGCCAAAGAAAUACUAAAAGGCUUUAAACUAAACUGGAUGAAUCUUCGCGAUGCAGAGACGGGGAAAGUGCUGUGGCAAGGAACAGAGGAUCUUUCUGUGCCAGGGGUAGAACAUGAAGCUCGUGUCCCAAAAAAGAUUCUGAAAUGUAAAGCUGUGUCCAGAGAGCUGAACUUUUCUUCCACUGAGCAACUGGAAAAGUUUAGAUUGGAGCAAAAGGUUUUCUUCAAAGGACAGUGUCUAGAAGAAUGGUUCUUUGAAUUUGGUUUUGUCAUCCCAAACUCUACCAAUACAUGGCAGUCUCUGAUAGAAGCUGCUCCUGAGUCCCAGAUGAUGCCAGCCAAUGUUUUAACUGGUAAUGUGAUCAUAGAGACCAAGUUCUACGACAACGAUCUUCAUGUGAGUACUUCCAGGGUCCGGCUUUUCUACAUAUGAUAUAUAAUCCUUGACCUCUGAUGCUACCUUCCAACCUGCUCACCUCCUGCCAAGAUCUAGAAACAAACCAUCAAGGUUAGCUACAGUAUCGCCUCUCGCCAGUAUAUUACUGUUUUGGAUCGGCAUGUAUGGUUUAUGCCCUUCGUGCUGCUACCAUCAUUUAAGUGAACAACAUGCCCUUAACUGAUGGUGAUGGAACUUUGCUCACUUUUGUUCCAUUUUGUUCUGUGGAGAAGGGAAAUAAGGAAGACAAAUUCCCUGAUUUAGGAUUAUGUCUCCAUGUUGUCCCAUCUGGACCUCCGCUGGACCUGCAGUACCACUUAUCUCAGCUCAAUCCAUGAAUAAAAGCUUGAAUUUAUUUAGGAACACAGUGGAAACUUCUGCCCUUAUAUUGGUGAAAAAAUUCCUAAUAUUUUCUAGAUCUUGUCAAAAGCUGACAUGCGCUUGAUUUAAAGAAGCCAAAAAAAAUUUAGCAGCAGAAAACAAAGCUAAGCUGAGUUCAGUUCUUGGAUUAGAUUCUAAAUACACACAAUGAAUACAUGACACGCAAUUAACCUCCAGAUAACACAUACUCUCUUUUUUCUUAAUAAAUUCCUUCAUUACAUAAGAGUAUCUCCAAUAGUGGGCACAACCACUCUGGAAUUCCCAUUGUGUGAUGACUAGAACUAGUGGCCCUGUACAUGGGCUUUAUUCACCAAACCUGUUCCAGUGAUAAAUUGGAGUCACUGCUUACUUGACACCAAUUUUGUCUUGGUCCAGUUCUGAAGGGGAUUUGUGUCGCUAAAACAAUCCCUGCUAUACCAAAUCUCUGAGGGGCUUAUGAAGGGCACCAAACAAUAAGAACACAUUCCUGAUUUGAGCAUCAGGGCUAUUUGGAAAACAUGCAAGUCACUGGGCCCUGAUGAGUUUGUUCUGAAGAGAACAAACCCACAUAUCUUUGAGCAACUUCUGGAGUGGGACACACUUCUGAUAACAAGACUUAUACAGAACAGUAGUUGUAAGUUUUAGAUGUCCAAGAAAUCUGUUUUUAGAGUCAAACAAACAAAGCACUGAAUUAUCAGGACUAUGUCCAGAGAUAAGAUCACAUACUGUUGAGAUUAUGUUUUUGGAAGAUGGUUUGUGUGACGUUCACCAGCAAGCAAAUAGUUUUUAUUGCAGUUAUUUAUACUCUUGCUUUAAUGUCAAAGAUUAACUUCAUUUACAUGUUAAACUUUUAACUAAUCUGAAGUAGAUAAUACAUUGGCUUGUUUUUGUAUCUAGCUUUGUCUUCAUCCAUCAGAUGUUACCAACUGUUAAGCUUCUGACUUCAGCCUGGCUCUUAACAUUCUAGCAAGAUUUGGACUUUGCAUCCACUCACUGUACUUCUGUUUUUCUUAGCCUUUGGAAAAGGUAUAUAAAAUAGCCAGGUGUUUCAAUAUGACAGGAUUUCUGGAUUAAAGUCAUACAAUGCUGUACUUAAA